GAUUUUUUAAUGACUUUGUGCAGGCGCAAAAAGCACCAGGAAAAGGAGAUGACUAUUCGGAUUGAAUAAUUGUCUCUAAACACCCAGGCACGCUUUUUUCCCCCAUAAAAAUACAUCGUGACGCAUGAAAGGAUACCAACGUUGUGUUUGUGAGACAAUUUCCAGGAUUCCAAAUGACAGUUUACCUUCUGCCCCCGCCCCCUCCCCCAACUCCGGGCCACCGUUCCUUUUUAUCUUUGCAGUUUUCCAGUUCUUCUGAUGAGCCGUGUUUUAAAGGGCUACAAAGCAUUUCUUUCUCGCCACCAUAACUAAGACAGUGACAUGAUUACUUAAUUUCCCGGAGGAAGCGCCGCCUCAGGCUCUGCGGAAGUCCCGGGGACCCCAGCGCGGUCCCGCCCCGGCCCAGUGCUGCCCAGGUCCGGGCAGCCCCGCCGGGAGCUCGGCCUCCGCUCGCCCAGGCCUUUGUCUUCGUGCCGCAGCCUUUUUCAAGAGCCAGGAGUUCAUUAUUUGCGCCCUGUCUGUCCCAGAGGGAGGAGCUGAAAUCUGAACCUCUCGGCUGUGAUUGGAUCCUUCCUGCAAAAGCCAGGGGAAAAAACCCUCCCCGCCCCGGCAGGCUCAGUGCGUAAAGGAGCCGGGCGAGUGGAGAGGCGCCCGCCGUCCGCCGCACCUGAGCGCGGCCCUGGCCAGCCCCGCGGCCGCGAUGCUGUAGGGCCCGGCCAGUCCUCCCGCCGGACCGUUAUCCGCGCCCGCGCCGCCGGACCCGCCGGCAAGAUGCCGCGCUCCUUCCUGGUCAAGAAGCAUUUCAACGCCUCCAAAAAGCCAAACUACAGCGAACUGGACACACACACAGUGAUCAUUUCCCCAUAUCUCUACGAGAGCUACCCCAUGCCUGUCAUCCCCCAGCCGGAGAUCCUCAGCUCAGGAGCCUACAGCCCCAUUACUGUGUGGACUACCACGGCUCCGUUCCACUCCCCACUGCCUAACGGCCUCUCCCCACUCUCCGGGUACCCCUCAUCCUUGGGGAGAGUGAGUCCCCCUCCUCCAUCGGACACCUCAUCCAAGGACCACAGUGGCUCAGAAAGCCCCAUUAGCGAUGAAGAGGAAAGACUACAAUCCAAGCUUUCUGACCCCCAUGCCAUUGAAGCUGAGAAGUUUCAGUGCAAUUUAUGCAAUAAGAACUACUCGACGUUUUCUGGGCUGGCCAAACACAAGCAGCUGCACUGUGAUGCCCAGUCUCGGAAAUCCUUCAGCUGUAAGUACUGUGACAAGGAAUACGUGAGCCUGGGCGCCCUCAAGAUGCACAUUCGGACCCACACGUUACCUUGUGUCUGCAAGAUCUGUGGAAAGGCGUUUUCCAGACCCUGGUUGCUUCAAGGACACAUCAGAACUCAUACUGGGGAGAAGCCUUUCUCUUGCCCUCACUGCAACAGAGCAUUUGCAGACAGGUCAAACCUGAGGGCUCAUCUGCAGACCCAUUCUGAUGUAAAGAAAUACCAGUGCAAAAACUGCUCCAAAACCUUCUCCAGAAUGUCUCUUCUGCACAAACAUGAGGAAUCUGGCUGCUGUGUGGCGCACUGAGUGACGCAAUCAAUGUUUACUCGAACAGAAUGCAUUUCUUCACUCCAAAGCCAAAUGACCAAUUAAAGUCCAAAGGCGUUUUCUCUUGUGCUUACCGACCAAAUAAUAUGUAUAGACACAUACACACACACACACACGUGCACACACCGUACAUACCAGCACACACUGAAAGCUGCGAGAGCACGGAAUCCAUGUGUUUAAAGUUAAUCCUUUCCAUGUGAAGUUGAAAAUUACUAUCUAUUUACUGACAGUUAAAUUGAGAGAAUAAAAGAUAAGAACCUUUCUCUUCAAAGAUGAAGUGAAAAGCACAUUGCAUCUUUUCUUGCUAAGAGAGAACGCAAAGAUUUACAUUGCUGCCAAAUCAUUUCAACUGAAAAGAACAGUAUUGCUUUGUAGUAGAGUCUGCAAUGGAAUUUCCUCUCGGAAGAGAAUCUGCCAGACGCUAUCUCAGGUGCCUUAUAAAGUUUUCCAAGUUUACUUCAUUCCAUGUCUGAUGUCUGGUUGCCAUUGUUGAACUAAGGCCUUCUUUUUUGUUUUUCUUUUUUUAUUACCUAUAAUGCUUUAAAGUAUAUUUUUAAGAGAGAGAGAAAAGAUCGAGGAACAAGCGAAUGUAUUAAAAGUAUUUUUUGUUUUGUUUUUGCCAAUACAUAGUAUGUGCCUUAGGGGAGGAGGGAAAGAUUAACUUUGAACAUUCCUGGUGCAUGCUUCAUUUCUUAUUUUUUAAAAGAACUCUAAUGAUUUUCUAAAAUUAUUAAAGAUGGGAAUAAGUGCAAGAGACAAUUCUUAGAAAUUCAGUAAUGUACUUAAACCAUUUUAAAUGCAGAUGAUAAAUGCAAUAAUACAACACCUAUUCCAAGUGCCUUUUUUUAAUUACUUGUAUAGUUGAUGAGUCCGUGUAAAUUUGUGUUUAUUUUUAUAUGAUUGAAUGAGUUUUGUAUGAAAGUAAGAUGUUGUCUAUAGCUAUGUCUAUAAACAAUCUGAAGACUUGUGAACUCAAUAUUUCUUUUUUAGAAAACAAUUUUCAAGGUCUUUUUUACAAUAAACAUUUUUGAUUUAAAA